AUGGCGGGGCUGUGGCUGGGGCUGUGCCUGUGCCUGUGGGCCCUGUGGCCCGGCCCGGCCGCCGCCUGCAGCCCGCGCUGCCGGCACGGGGGGCUGUGCCUCGCCGACGGCUCCUGCCUCUGCUCCAAGGGCUACGAGGGCGAGCGCUGCCAGCACGCUACAUGUUAUCCAAAAUGCAAAAAUGGGGGAGAGUGCCUCCGACCUGGAAAAUGCAGAUGUCCACCUGGAUAUGGGGGUAGAUACUGUCAUAAAGUAAGCUGUGAAGGAGGCUGUCAGAAUGGUGGGGAGUGCAUCUCUGUCAAUGGAGUAGUGAAGUGCCUUUGUGCUUCUGGCUGGACAGGAUCAAGAUGCCAGGAAGCAAUUUGUCCUCAAGGUUGUCGGAAUAAUGGAGCUUGUGUGGCUCCUGGGAUUUGUAGCUGUCCAGCCGGAUGGGUCGGAAGAGCAUGUCACUUAGCUGUAUGUAAACUGCCCUGCCAGCAUGGAGGGAAAUGCAUCGCUCCAAAUGUGUGUAGGUGUCGACUGCCAUACUCUGGACCACAGUGUACAAAGAAAAGGAAGGAAUGAAGCAACUUCAGCCACGAUAAACUGCAUUUUUUUUUCAUGUAAUUAUACAGAGAAGUCUGCAGCAAUGGGGGACCUUAAAAUAAACAUGGUAACUUGAUUUCAGACAGCUUUUUGUCCUCACUAUAUUAAGUACAUGCUUUUCCAUAUGAAAGGAAGGUAUUUCUUAUUGUAGGAAAGUUGUUACAAAUAUCCAACCAUGUGUAGUGUAUCACACGCUUUCUCCUCUUCUAAUUUUUCAUAAGCAGAAGUAUUAUGCCUUGGUUGAUACAGCUGACCUUGAAAUAAAAUUUUCUUCAAAUCAAGUA